CCUGUCAGAAGAGAUAACAUUAAAAGUGCUGGGGCCGCCUAUGGGCUUCGAGGCGACGUCGGUGCACUCGUGGCGUGGCGGCGAAGGCCGGGUGUAUGCGACAGUUUGCGCGUCACCACCGCCAGAUGACGCCACAUGGAUGUGGAGCAGUUGGAGACUGGAUGUACCAUCACAGAUUGGUCGUUACCGAGCUCUAAAUAAAGAAGAAGUGGACGGAUGUUACCGCUUCACGCUGUGUAUUGACGACGUGGGUCCACCAGACGCGGGAGACUACAUAUUGCAUGUAGAAAACGAAAGAGGAUUCACUUCACUUACCGUUUCCCUUAUUGUACACGACAAUUUUUCGGUAACAGAGGCGACGCGCGCUGCGCCCGUCAUCGCGGCUGCGCUUGUCAUCGCCGCGCUUGCUGUCCUACUAUUGUGUGUCGUGGUACGCUGUCGACGACGAAGAGGUAGUGUCGAAUAUAAGACUGAUGAAUUAAACAGCGAAAUAAAAGUGCUGCCGGCGGAUGCUCUAUACGGUCCGCAGCCGUCCCAAGCUUCUGGGACCACGGCUGUAGAGUCUAGCUGCCCGAGGUACUCACCAGCGGCUAUGCAGGUCCGCCAUGCAGCUGUGGUCUUGCAGCCGCCCACUACCGUGUGAUCGAUGGACAAAAUGCGUGUAACACCGCAGUGUAGUGUCAAGUGUGGUUGUAAAUGAAAAGGGACCAUUUAAAAAAAAAACUUUUAUUCUCAGUUAAGUAAGCAUAAUUUGUAGUAAACGCUAAAGAAUAUAGAACAAUGUGUGAGGUUUUAUUAUAAAAACAUGAAAAUUUUGGUAUCUAGUAAAGUGCGAAUCAUAUUGAAGAAAAACAGUGUGAAUUAAGGCUAUUGGAGUGUAUUGACCUCCAUGAAGGAUAUUGAAUAUGGGUCGUUGACUAAUCGUAAUUAAAACAAGCAUAUCUUCUCUGCCAGGUGAAUAAAUGUAAACUAUUACUAUCUUGAUUUAUAUGACUUCUUUAUUUUAUUUAACACAAAGUAUACAAUAUAAUUACAUAGCUGACAUGUUACGUUUUUUUUCUUCAUGUCACAUCUUGCACUUGUUUUUCACCUAAAAUCGUAUUUUAGUUUUUAUUACAUUUGUCUUUGUCGGUGGCCAGUGUUAACAAUGUAAUCGAAAGAAUCAAUAUAGACUGAACAUCAGCUUCACCUUGCGGCAGUCGUAUUCCGACAAUCGAGAAAGCAGUUAUACCACCAUUGUGGACUUAUUGUAACCAUUAGUAUUUUAUUCUAGCUCACUUGUGCCAUGGUGAUAAUAUUUAUUGAUAAGAGCGCAUCCUUGA